AUGGCUUCCCAGGCUGCAGACACAAGGGCUCGCCCUGCAGCGCAAAGGCCCUCAGUGACUAUUCUGCAGCCCCUGUCCUGGGCCAUUGCGCCUCCAGCCCCCCAGCAGGGUCGCGUGAAAGAAGAUCUUCUGGAGCUGAUGAUGCUGCAAAAUGCACAGACGCACCAGCUGCUUCUGAGUCGCCUUGUGGCCGCUGCGCUUCAGCACAGCAGCCCCCGGGCCUACCUGGAACCUCAGCCGGAGGGCUACCUAGAGGAGGAGGAAGAAGAGGAGGCCAUACUGGAAGGCGCUGAGGAGGAACCCUGGGUUUUCCAUCAUCACUACCUGCCCAGUCCCGGGCCCAUGCUGGGUUUGCUGUCCCGUUGGCCGGCCUCUUUCCUGCCCCCUCCUCCCCAGCAGCCCCCCUUCCCGGAUACAUCCUGGAUACAGGACCGUCCUCCUGCCUUCAGGAGAGCUGUGCCUCCUCCCCCACCUCCCAGUGCCACAGGAACUGUAGGUGUUGAUGUACCCCCAGCUUCAGACUUCUACGAUGCCGAGAGUCUCCCCUAG